GUAUACAAUACAAAAUUGUGAGUACACAGCUACAGAAUUUGUUCUGUUUUAGUUCAAAUUACAACGAUACCGGUGUGUUAUUUGCACAAUACUCUUUUUUUCUCAACUCCAAAGUCUGAAAAAUCAUUUUAAUUCACACUUCAAAAGAAGAAAAAAACAGAAUAAAUAUCGCGAUUUAGGUGUCAAUCGUUGUUGAUUUUGUUAAACAUUGUUGUUGUUCCUGAAAAGAAAAACUCAAAAGGCAAAGGGGAAUUAUUGCGAACAGAAUUUAAUUAUAUAAUUCCAAACACAGAAAUUCUAAUUACAUCAGAAAAUACAGUAUUCCGUUUAUUUGAAGUCUGUGAAGUGAAUUUGAGCGAAAUUUGAGCGUGAAAUGGCUAUAAAAGUUGAAUCUGACAGAAUUGAUGUGGACAAACCACUUUGGGAUCAAUCAACAUUCGUUGGACGUUUUAAACAUUUUGCAUUCGUUACAGACCCGACAACAUGCAUGACAUCCGAAGACGAUUUGGACAAGGCAAAAAAAUUGGUUGAACAAUAUCGGUUGGGCAAGGAGCCAGCAUCGACAACGCGUGAACAAAUUAUUUAUGCAAAAAAAUUGUACGAAUCGGCUUUCCAUCCCGAUUCGGGUGAAAAACAAAAUCUUUUUGGCCGAAUGAGUUUCCAAGUGCCCGGCGGAAUGCUUAUCACUGGCGCAAUGUUACAAUUUUAUCGAACGGUUCCUGCAAUCGUCUUUUGGCAAUGGGUUAACCAGUCUUUUAAUGCGUUGGUUAACUAUACCAAUCGUAAUGCAAACUCACCUCUUAGUGUCACCCAAUUGGGUGUCUCAUACGUUUCGGCCACGUCGAGUGCAUUGGUUGCAGCCAUCGGUUUCAAAGGCUUUUUGCAAAAACAUGCCAGUCCCUUUGCACAGAGAUACGUACCAUUUGCGGCUGUUGCUGCUGCGAAUUGUGUGAACAUACCAUUGAUGCGACAAAAUGAACUGAUUGAUGGAGUAAGCGUUCAAGAUGAUAAGGGGAAUGACAUUGGAAAGAGUCGUCUUGCGGCCGUUAAGGGCAUAAGUCAAGUUGCGUUUUCGCGGAUUUUAAUGGCAGCGCCUGGAAUGCUUGUGCUACCAGUGAUCAUGGAAAAGUUGGAAAAAUAUCCAUGGUUCAAGCGCAUGAGUAUACUACACGCACCUUUCCAAACUAUGGCAGUUGGCUGUUUUUUGAUGAUCAUGGUACCGACAGCUUGCUCUGUCUUCCCACAACAAUGUUCUUUAGAUAUAAAAACUAUUGAACGUUUCGAACCAGAGGCUUAUAGCGAAAUGGUGAAAAAGAAUUCGGGAAAACUUCCGCAAAAAGUUUAUUUCAACAAAGGCCUAUAAGCGCACACUAUACUAUUCAUUAAUCGACAAUAAACGCUUUUUGUUUGAGAUUCUGUUUAAAACAUUUAAUUCUCAGCUUAUUUAAAGUCACAUUGAGCUAAAAUGUUUUUAAAAAAAUAACACGAAAAAAAAUGAAAAUUAUUUUCAGCUUGCAAUAGUGAAAAUGCAGAGUGUUAAAAACACAUAUUUAGGAAACAUUCAUAUUAACAGUAGUAUGAAAGAAGAAUGCACAUGUUACGCAAGUUAUCGUUAAUAAUCGUUUAGGUUUUACAUUUUCAGCAAACAAUUUACUGAACUUUAAACUAUAUUCAUUGGACAAUAUUGUACAUUUUAUUGUAACUUUGAUUUUUACCCUAUAUAAUAGGAAAACCCAUUGUAAACGUUUUAUUCUUUGUCUAUGAUUUGAAAUGAUAUUGAUGCUUGGACACAAAUAAAAAAUAUUCUUUAAAUGCA